AUGGCGUUAAGUCAAGAUCAUCAACUUCUUUCAAAGAUCACCGACCAGAUCAGAGAUUUACACCAACAAAAUCUAGGAAUUAAUGUCGUUGACGGAAACCCUGUCGUUAACCCACCUGCCGAGGGAUGUCAGAUCGUUCACAGUGCCUUACUAGAGGACCACAAGCCAACUGGAAUGGAUGGAGAUGCUUGUCAACAAGAUGCUGUGACAGUCAAAGACAGGAAUAGAUGUACAAUUUUUGUUGGGAAUAUCAGUUUCAAGGUUAAAAAGCUGCAGGUUAUAGAUUUCUUCACAAAAUUUGGACCAGUUCAGAAUGCUUAUCUUGCAAAAGAUCCAACAAGAAGACGUAUGCAUAAGGGAUAUGGUUUUAUAACAUUUCAAUAUGAGGAAGAUUCCAAACAAGUGCUCGAAAUGGCAAAUCUAACAUUGGAUAACAGACUACUAAGAGUAGCACCUGCUGAUUAUAAACCACACCCAAAAGUAUCACUACCAAUGAGAUUUGUAGACAAAGCUGAGGACAAGAUUUGGGAAGAAAACAUUGAUGUCAGAUCCACCACCACCACCACCACACAUAGUACUGCUAUUGCUAGCAACCACAAUGAUAAACAUUGUAAACCAAUUCAAAGAACUGGUCAAAGAGCUGUCACUACAGACUCUGAUGAAACUUUACCUCAACUAGUUGAUAACCCUGCAAUCUUCAAUAAAGAGUCUGAUGCUCAGGAGUUGAGUACUAUGAUAUUAGACGAAAACAAUAUCAACAUGUUAAAUGAUGACAUAAUUCUAUGUAUAUUUGAGUACCUAAGUGUCAAGGACAAAAUUAGGAUCGAAAGAGUUUGUAAGAGAUGGCAGCAUUUAUCAUUGAAAACCUGGAACUCACUUCGAACUCUUGGAUUUGACAAAAUAUUUGGUAGUUUCAUGACUCUAGGAGCUUUGACGGACACUAUAUUGAAAUCUAUACUAUGGCGUGGUUGCCAAGAAUUGAAGUCUCUGGAUCUUUCUGCCUCACCACAUUUACUGACAGACUGGGGAAUUGAUGUCAUAGGUCAGAGAUGUAAAAAUCUGGUCCAUGUCAAUUUAUCUGGUGUCAAAAUGUCCAAUGCUGCUCUGAAAAGACUUGCAAACAGAUGUAAUAAGCUACAGUCUGUUGUAUUGGCUGAUUGUCUGUCAAUUGGUGAGAAAGGAGUAUGGUAUUUGUUUAAAGAUUGUCGUGAUCUGAUCUAUGUAGAUCUUUCACACAAUGCAAGAGUACAUGGACAGUGUUUUCACGUACUGAAUGAGAAUUGUUCUACUUUAAUACUGAAAGGCUGUACCAAGCUAGCUGACUUAGGAGUGGGUAAACUCACAACAAAGUGUUAUCAACUGUCUCACUUAGACAUCAGUGAUUGUUUAUCAGUGACUGACAGUGCUAUUGACUCCAUCACGUCUAAUUGUAGGAACAUUGAAGAACUGCACAUGGAAGGAUUUUAUAAAGAUGUUACUGCCUAUGGACUAAGCAAACUGUGUACAUUAUCUCAUCUCAAGAAGCUAUAUUUAGUUGGGAAUCAGAGUGUUGAUGAUACUGUUGUCAUGGCAAUUGCAAAAGGAUGUAAGCGGCUACGCUUACUUAACAUUGAAGGAUGUUAUGAGAAAGUGACUGAUGCUGGACUUAUUAGUCUUGAACACUGCCCAGUACUGGAGCAUCUCAACAUCAGUUACUUGGAUAAGGUUGGUGAUAGUAGUAUAAGUAGACUAGGUAUGGAAGGUAAACUGAAAAUACUCAUAGCCAGGGCUUGUACAGAAAUCACAGAUCAAAGUGUUGAUAUUCUGGUGAUUCACUGUCAUGAUUUACUGGAAUUGGAUAUCAGUGGAUGUGACAAAGUCACUAACCAAGUUGUAGAGUUGCUACAACGUAACUGCCUAGAUAUGGAACAUAUAUUAACAGUCACAGCUGGAGGUACACGUAUAACACCAGAAAAUGCUGACUUGUUCAAGGACUCACCAGUUAAAAUUAGUCUACAAAACCUGGCAGUGUCUUCCAAAUAUCCCCCAAAUGAUGCAACAAUUGCAAUGGGAAGCUGGAGUGAUGAUGAAGAUGACGAUGAUGGGUAUGAUGAAGGGGAUGCUGAGAGGAGGAUGGAACAAGUGGUUACUGCGGAAACCUGGUAUACAAAUGCUGAAGAUUUUCUUGAUGUUGAUGAUCCUUCACUACAAGACUGGAUAUCCUAG